GAGGAGGGGAAGAGAGUCAGGUUGGAGCCGGGGAGAUUCAUUAGGUAAUGCUCCCAAAAUACUCAAAGCCUGGAAUGGAGGUGCUCCCUAAGCCUCAAGAUCCUCUCUACGGGGGCUACAGAGUGGAAGAGAACUUCUCCGGCUACCUAGAAAGGGAACAGACCCUCAGAGGGUCGGUGGUUCAGGCAGUGCUGGUGGAGGGGCUUAAGAAAUGUCAUUAUGAUGAUGAUGAUGUUUGUUCCCAGGACUUAUUGACCAAUCUGUUAAAUGGCAGCAGCCGGGCCCCUCUGGACUGAAUCCCCACUGAGGCAGCCUGCAAUAAAACCAAUUAAUCCCCCAGCUCGGAUAAUGUCAGAAAGCAACCCCCAAUCCUCUUCCAAGGAUUCCUGAGGAGGUAUUGGGGCUGGAGGGGGUGGGUGGGGUCUAAGUGUGAGCCUCUUAGAGCUCCAUCACCUAGCCAAAACCCUCCCUGAUCCUUGGACAAAUCAGCAGAAGAGUCGGGGGGAGGUUGAAUCCCUCGGAGAAACCCCCCACCUUUUUCCACACAACUUCUGGAAUCCCACCUCAGACAAACGCACUCUCCCCUGUGCAAACGUGGCCGAUUCCCGGCCUCCUGCAUGUGUGUGGAUUGACCAUCCGGCUGCGGGAGCGCCUGCAGAAGCCAAAAUGGCCCUGGAGAGGGAUCGUGCACCCGGUCACCCUCCCGCCACCGCCUCCCCGGAAGGCCGCCGUCGCCACACUCUUCCGGCCAGCGAGUUCCGCUGCCUGACCCCGAACGACGCCGUCUGCGUGUUUGAGAUCGAGCGGGAAGCCUUCGUGUCAGUGUCGGGUGCCUGCCCCCUGGCCCUGGACGAGAUCCGCCACUUCCUGACGCUGUGCCCGGAGCUGUCCCUGGGCUGGUUCGAGCAGGGCCGGCUGGUCGCCUUCGUCAUCGGCUCCCUCUGGGACCAGGACCGGCUCACUCAGGAGUCGCUGACGCUGCACCGUCCGGCGGGCAGCACCGCCCACGUCCACGUGCUGGCCGUGCACCGCACCUUCCGCCAGCAGGGCAAGGGCCCGGUGCUGCUGUGGCGCUACCUGCAGUACCUGCGGGGGCUGGCCACCGUGCGCCGCGCUCUGCUCAUGUGCGAGGACGCCCUGGUGCCCUUCUACGAGAAAUGCGGCUUCCGCGUGUUGGGGGCCUGCACCGUGACGGUGGGCGCCCUGGCCUUCACCGAGCUGCAGUGCUCGCUGCGAGCCCACGCCUACCAGCGCCGCAACAGUGGUUGCUGAGCCCCAGGCCGGGGCCUGCCCCGGUCGGGGGGCCAGGCCGGAGCCCAUGAGGGCGCCCCUCCCCUGGGGGUAGCCAGGGUCUCCAGAGUCACCCUAGCUCUCUAUACUGUAAGCUCAUUGUGGGCAGGAUAUGUGUCUGUUUA